CAGGUUAAUAUCGGUCCUCCAAGUCACCUAGAUAUUUAAUAGUCAGUAAUAAUAAUUGAGUUUAUUAGGUAACUGUUUGUUCGGCAAUGGAUGAAUUUGAAACAAAUUCAGAGCCAAUGGUUGAGGUUGCCGUUGAUGAUGCAGUUUAUUUUGAAACUUUGUGUCAUGAAAACAUCUUCUGGAGCAACAAUCAAACAUGGAAUACAACUUCACCCAAAUUAAGCCGAUGUUUCAGUCAAACAGUGCUUAACUGGUUACCAACAGGACUUCUUUGGUUAUUCACAAUCAUCAAACAGCUUGUCAAGAGUGAUACUUGUGUUAAGGAAACACAGAAGAUUCCAUGGAAUCUUCAGAAUUCAUCUCGUUUCAUACUAACUUUGAUUUGCAUUCUUCUUUAUGUGUUACAAUUAUCCAAAACUAUCUAUCAACAUUCCUAUUCACCUGAAUCAAUUAUUCCAGUCGAUUUUUUGGCUCCAAUAUUGAACAUUGUUUCCUUUAUCUUUGUUUUAACAUUAUUUCAUUAUCAUCGGUUACAUGGUGUUCACACUAGUGUAACAAUAUGGAUUUACAUAUUUCUUCAAACAAUCACGUCAUUUAUAACCAGCUUUCAAACUUGGACUUAUCCUGAAGAUUACUCUCCAUUUGAUAUCAACUUAUUCAAUACACAAUCUGUUGUGAUUUUUUUGUUACUCUUUGUCAUCUCAUUUGCCGAUGUACCUAAUCCACCUUUGGAAGAUCAUUCCGAAACAGGUGCCCAAAAGGAUAGCUAUGGUAUCAAUCCAGAAACGAAAGCCUCUUUUCCCAAUCACCUUUUUUUCUUGUGGUUUAGUCCACUGGCUUGGCUAGGAUGGAGAAAAAUUUUAACCACUAAAGAUCUCUGGGAUCUUCGAGAUGAUAUGAAAACUAAAAAUCUUAUUCAAGUAUUCGAAUCUUCAGCAGAAAAAAAGACUUUCCAUGAAAAUAAAACUCCCAAUGUGAAGCAGUUGCAAUCGGAUGAACAAGAAUUAUCAGUUAUUCCCGUUUUUAUAAAAAUUUUCGGUUAUCGUUUUCUGGUAGGAUCUUUUUUAAAGCUUCUCCACGAUACUGCUCAAUUCAUCGUACCACAAUUGUUAAAGUAUUUGAUUGAUUUUAUUGAAAAACAAUCAGACGAACCAGUUUGGCAUGGGUAUGCUAUUGUUGUUGCGUUAUUUCUUGCAUCAAUUGUGCAAACUAUCUCCAUCAACCACUAUUUUUAUCGAAUGUACAUAAUCGGGAUGAAAGUUAGCUCAACCUUGACUGCGGUUAUAUACAAGAAAUCACUCAAACUGGGCAAUGAAAUUGGUAAAGAAAUUACUUCUGGUGAAAAGGUUAACUUACUUUCUGUUGAUGCAAGAAAAUUCAUGGAUUUUUUGCCCUUUGUGAAUUUAAUCUGGUCCAUUCCAUUACAAAUUGGGGUUGCCAUUUAUUUUCUAUACAUUGAAUUGGGAUAUUCUUCGUUCUUCGGUUUGCUCAUUAUGAUCACGAUGCUUCCUAUCAAUGCAAUAAUGGUUCGUAUAGGACAAAAGUUUCAGAUCAAAUCCAUGGAGCAAAAAGAUUCACGGGUCAAAUUUAUGAAUGAAGUCCUAAGUGGUAUCAAAAUUAUCAAAUUUUAUGCUUGGGAAGAGCCAUUUCUCCAAAAUGUAAUUGCACUUAGAAAAAAAGAAUUGGAUCAUCUUGAAAGUUUAUCCUUUCUCCAUUGUGUGUCGAUUUUUCUAUGGAGCUGUUCAACUACAAUUGUUUCUGUUGUAACAUUUGCUACUUUUAUCUUAGUUCAAGGCGAAACACUCACGGCCCAGAAAGCGUUCGUUUCUUUAUCUUUAUUCAACAUUCUUCGUUUUCCUCUAACGAUGAUUCCUAAUGUAACAUCUUUAUAUAUAUCGACUUCAGUAUCUAUUAAACGUAUCAACGAAUUUUUGAGCGCAAAUGAACUUGAGCCAUAUGUGACCAGAAAUGAUAGACCAGAUUUUGCUGUUACAGUUGAAGAUGGUUACUUCAUGUGGAAUCAAGUGAUAAGUGAAGAUGAAAGGAGCGAACAUAAAGAAAGAAAAGCAUUUGGAUCGAUUACUGACAAGGAUCACGAAACUUAUAAGUUAUUAAGUGAAUCAAACUUGAAACAAAUCAAUAUGAAAAUUGAACAAGGUAAACUUGUAGCGAUUAUUGGUCCGGUUGGAUCGGGAAAAAGUUCAUUAUUACAUGCGAUUUUGGGUGAAAUGAAAAAAGUGAAAGGUCGUGUUAAUAUUGAUGGAAAAUUAAAGAUGGCUUUUGUAGCACAACAAGUAUGGAUACAAAAUACGACAUUACGUGAAAACAUUUUAUUUGGCAAUCCUUAUAUUAAAAGUAAAUAUGAUCGAGUUAUAUCGGCUUGUGCUCUCGACCUGGACAUUUCUUAUCUACCAGGAGGAGAUGAAACUGAGAUUGGUGAGAAAGGUAUAAACUUGUCAGGUGGUCAAAAGCAAAGAGUCAGCUUAGCUAGAGCUUGUUACAGUGACUCUGAUCUAUAUAUUAUGGACGAUCCGCUGAGUGCUGUUGAUGCUCAUGUGUCUGCACAUAUAUUUGAAAAUGUUUUUUCUUCAGAAAGUGGACUUCUUAAAGAUAAGACUCGUAUUGUGGUUAUCAAUAGAUUGGAUCUGUUAACAAAAGUGGAUCAAAUUUACAUUCUAAAUAACGGUAUGAUACGUGAAACUGGUACCUACAAAGAGCUGAUGAAAUCUGAAAUUCGUUUUGUUGAAUAUGUGGAGGAACUUUCACAGGGAACUUCAACUAGUCAGAAUAAUCAGCAAUUUGAAGCUAAAGAUGUUAAUAUUCAAAAUGAUGAUGAUCUAGACGAGAGACAUAAAUUAAUCAGACAAGAAACGACAGAAACUGGAACAGUGAAAUCUGUUGUUUAUUUUGAAUAUUUUAAAAUGGUUACAUUUUUAUGGACUUUUUUGAUUAUUGCGUCCCAUUUUGUAAUGGAGGGAUUUGAAUUGGCAUCUAAUGUAUGGUUAUCUGAAUGGUCAGAUUUAGACACCAAGGAGAAAGCAGUAAAUGAUUCAAUACUUGUAAAUGCAAAGAUGGGAAUUGGUAUCUACAGCGUUCUUGGACUUGCAAAAGGUAUUGUAACUUUUAUUGUUUCUUGGACCCUUGUAAUUGGCACAUCAAAAGCAUCAGUUGGAUUCCAUCGCGAUUUGCUUUUCCACGUUUUCCAUGCACCGAUUUCAUUUUUCGAUUCAAAUCCUUUGGGUAGGAUAUUGAACAGAUUUUCAAAAGACAUGGAUUCAAUUGAUACAACCCUUCCUCAAGCCUUAACUAGCUGUCUUGGGUGUUUUUUUGGAAUAGCUGCAUCCUUUAUUAUCUUAUUUGUGAAAACACCUACAUUUAUAGCAACAUUCAUCCCAAUUUUUAUUGUUUACGGGUUUGUUCAAGUUAUUUACAUGGCCACUUCUCGUCAAUUGAAGCGUCUUGAGUCAAUUAGUCGAUCACCCAUUUAUACACAUUUUGGUGAAACAUUGAGCGGAUUCAGCACUAUUCGGGCAUUUGAUGUGUCAGAACAGUUUAUGGAAGAAUCAGCCAAGAAAGUUGAUCUGAAUAUAUCGUGUUUAUAUCUAAGUGUUACAUUAAAUAGAUGGUUAAGUACUAGACUUGAGUUUUUUGGUAUUUUGAUCACUCUGUCUACAACAAUAUUUGCAGUUAUUGCUCGAGAUUCCUUAGAACCUGGCUUAGUUGGUCUUGUUGUAUCGUAUUCAAUACUUCUUACCGGCAAGCUUAGUUGGUUUGUUCGAACGGCAUCUGACUUUGAAACUAACAUCGUAUCUGUUGAACGAAUAUUGGAAUAUUGUAAAAUUUCAAAUGAAGAGGAUUGGUAUAAAGGUAAAAUUGAUCCUGAGGAUGAUUGGCCUAGCAAAGGGACAAUAACAUUUGAUAAAUAUGAAGCUCGUUAUCAAUUUGGAAGUGAAUUAAUCAUUAAAGGAAUAUCAGCAAAUAUAAAGUCAAAAGAAAAAGUUGGUAUUGUUGGAAGAACUGGAGCAGGUAAAUCGACAUUAACAUUAGCACUGUUUCGUCUGAUUGAACCUUCAGGAGGAAAAAUUUAUAUUGAUGAUUACGAUAUAUGUGAUUUACCAUUGAGCAAACUUCGAUCUCGUCUUGCUAUUAUACCUCAAGAUCCCGUCCUUUUUGGUGGCAGUUUACGAUUCAAUCUUGACCCAGUCAACCAAUAUACUUCAAAUGAAAUUUGGACAGCAUUGUCUCAUGUUCAACUUGCAGAUUUCAUCGCAGCAAAUGGUGGACUAAAUUUCAAGAUAACAGAGGAAGGUAAAAAAUUAAGUUGCGGUCAACGACAGCUUAUAUGUUUGGCCAGAGCAUUACUUAAGAAACCAAAAAUUUUAGUUCUCGAUGAAGCCACUGCUGCCAUUGACUUAGAAACUGAUAAUUUGAUUCAAAAAGCUAUUCGAUCUCAAUUUGGAGAAUGUACAAUCUUAACCAUUGCCCAUCGUUUAAACACUAUUUUGGAUUCGGAUCGAGUAAUGGUCUUGGAUGCCGGACAAAUCAUUGAGUUUGAUGAACCAAGGAAUCUUUUGAACAACAAAGAUUCACUCUUCUAUUCACUAGCCAAGGAAGCUAAUCUGAUCAAACCAACAGUCAUUUUGGUUUUAACAUUAUUUCAUUAUCAUCGGUUAAAUGGUGUUCACAGUAGUGUAACAAUAUGGAUUUACAUAUUUCUUCAAACAAUCACGUCAUUUAUAACCAGCUUUCAAACUUGGACUUAUCCUGAAGAUUACUCUCCAUUUGAUAUCAACUUAUUCAAUACACAAUCUGUUGUGAUUUUUUUGUUACUCUUUGUCAUCUCAUUUGCCGAUGUACCUAAUCCACCUUUGGAAGAUCAUUCCGAAACAGGUGCCCAAAAGGAUAGCUAUGGUAUCAAUCCAGAAACGAAAGCUUCUUUUCCAAAUUACCUUUUGUUCUUGUGGUUUAGUCCACUGGCUUGGCUAGGAUGGAGAAAAAUUUUAACCACUAAAGAUUUCUGGGAUCUUCGAGAUGAUAUGAAAACUAAAAAUCUUAUUCAAGUAUUCGAAUCUUCAACAGAAAAAAAGACUUUCCAUGGAAAAAAACCUCAGAAUGUGAAGCAAUUGCUAUUGGAUAAACAUAAAUUAUCAAUUAUACCAGUUUUGAUAAAAAUUUUUGGUUAUCGUUUCUUGGUAGGAUCUUUCUUAUUGCUUGUUCACGAUAUCGCCCAAUUCAUUAUACCACAAUUGUUAAAGUAUUUCAUUGAUUUUAUUGAAAGACAAUCAGACGAACCAGUUUGGCAUGGGUAUACAAUUGUUGUUGCGUUGUUUCUUGCAUCAACUAUACAAACUGUCUCCAUCAACCACUAUUUUUAUCACAUGUACAUCAUGGGAAUGAAAGUUAGCUCAACUUUGACCGCGGUCAUAUACAAGAAAUCACUCAAACUGGGCAAUGAAAUUGGCAAAGAAAUCACUUCUGGUGAAAAGGUUAACUUACUUUCUGUUGAUGCAAGAAAAUUCAUGGAUUUUUUACCCUUUGUGAAUUUAAUCUGGUCCAUUCCAUUACUGGUUUUGCUUGCCAUUUAUUUUCUAUACAUUGAAUUGGGAUAUUCUUCAUUCUUCGGUUUCUUUAUUAUGAUCACGAUGCUUCCCAUCAAUGCAAUAAUGAUUCGUAUAGGACAAAAGUUUCAGACCAAAUCCAUGGAGCAAAAAGAUAAAAGAAUUAAAUUUAUGAAUGAAGUCCUAAGUGGUAUCAAAAUAAUCAAAUUUUAUGCCUGGGAAGAGCCAUUCCUCCAAAAUUUAAUUGCAAUCAGAACAAAAGAAUUGGAUCAUCUUGAAAGUUUAUCCUUUCUUCAUUGCGUGUUACUUUUUCUUUGGAACUGCUCAACUACAAUUGUUUCUAUUGUAACAUUUGCUACAUUUACCUUAGUUCAAGGCGAAACACUUACUGCUCAAAAAGCGUUUGUUUCUUUAUCUUUAUUCAACAUUCUUCGUUUCCCUCUAACGAUGAUUCCUAAUAUAAUAUCUUCGUAUAUAUCGACUUCGGUAUCCAUUAAACGUAUCAACGAAUUUCUGAGUGCAAAUGAACUUGAGCCAUAUGUGACCCGAAAUGAUGAACCAGAUUUUGCUGUUACAGUUGAAGAUGGUUACUUCAUGUGGAAUCAAGUGAUAAGUGAAGAUGAAAGUGGUGACCAUAAAGCAAACAAAGUAUUUGGGUCGAUUACUGACAAGGAUUACGAAACUUAUAAGUUAUUAAGUGAAUCAAACUUGAAACAAAUCAAUAUGAAAAUUGAACAAGGUAAACUUGUAGCGAUUAUUGGUCCGGUUGGAUCUGGAAAAAGUUCAUUAUUACAUGCGAUUUUGGGUGAAAUGAAAAAAGUGAAAGGUCGUGUUAAUAUUGAUGGAAAAUUAAAGAUGGCUUUUGUAUCACAACAAGUAUGGAUUCAAAAUACAACAUUACGAGAAAACAUUUUAUUUGGCAAUCCUUAUAUUAAAAGUAAAUAUGAUCGAGUUAUAUCGGCUUGUGCUCUUGACCUGGACAUUUCUUAUUUACCAGAAGGAGAUGAAACUGAAAUUGGUGAGAAAGGUAUAAACUUGUCAGGUGGUCAAAAGCAAAGAGUCAGCUUAGCUAGAGCUUCAUUACUUAAGAAACCAAAAAUUUUAGUUCUCGAUGAAGCCACUGCUGCCAUUGACUUAGAAACUGAUAAUUUGAUUCAGAAAGCUAUUCGAUCUCAAUUUGGAGAAUGUACAAUAUUAACCAUUGCCCAUCGUUUAAACACUAUUUUGGAUUCGGAUCGAGUAAUGGUCUUGGAUGCCGGACAAAUCAUUGAGUUUGAUGAACCAAGGAAUCUUUUGAACAACAAAGAUUCACUCUUCUACUCACUAGCCAAGGAAGCUAAUCUGAUCAAACCAACAGUCUAAUUCAGUAUUAAAUUUGAUUGAAAAAAAAUCUUGAGAAGCAAUAAUAUUCAAUUUUUUUAGCGAAUAGUCGAAGCCAAUUUACUAUCGAGA